GGGCUCUACCUUUGCCCGGGCCUAGCCUGGCUGCGGGAGGGUGCUAUACCUCGAUCUCACAGCCUCCCUCUCUCCCCAGUGCCCCCCAGCACCGCCAUGGAGGCAGACAUGAAGGACGUGGAGCUGAACGAGCUGGAGCCCGAGAAGCAGCCCAUGACACCCGCCAGCCCGGGAAGCCCGGAGAAGAACGGGGCCGUGAAGGUGAAGGUGGCCGAGGACGAGGAGGACGAGGGCGCCCCCAAGUUCACGGGGCUCUCCAAGGAGGAGCUGCUGCGGGCAGCCGGCACCCCGGGCUGGGUCCGGGCCCGCUGGGCCCUCCUCAUCCUCUUCUGGCUGGGCUGGCUGGGCAUGCUGGCGGGCGCCGUGCUCAUCAUCGUCCAGGCCCCCCGCUGCCGGCCGCUACCACCCCAGACCUGGUGGCACAAGGGAGGCCUCUACCGCAUCCAGCCCGUGAAGGCUUUUCGGGACUCGAAGGGCGGCAACGCUGGGGACUUGGCAGGUGUGAAGGAGAAGCUGGAUUACGUGGCAGCGCUGGGGGUGCAGGGGCUGGUGCUGGCUCCCCUGCAUGACACCAAACGUGACAGCCCCGAGGACACCGACCUGCAGAAACUCCACCCCGAACUGGGCUCCAAUGAGACCCUUGCCCAACUGCUCGAGGCUGCCAAGAAGAAAGGCCUCAAGGUGAUCCUGGACCUGACCCCCAACUACCAGGGGCAGCAGCGCUGGUUUGGCCCUGGUGUCGCUAACAGCACCCGGUUCCACAAGCAGUUCAAGGUGGGGGGGCAGGGACCAGGGCCUGUGGAGGCAGCUGUCAGCCAGGGGCUGUUUGGUCCCUUGGGCUGGGGGAUGGGGGAGCUGGGGGGCACAUGGGGUGGGGGAUUUUGGGGGAUGGGUCCAUGCAUUUCCUUCCUCUUCUCCCCGCCCCAGGACCCCCAGUUUGUGGCCGACUUGCACAACAUCACGCAGGAAGCCAGUGCCAAUGGCAACGCCAGGGUGUUCGUCGUGGGUAUCGAGGAGAAGGACCCAGGGCGCAUCUUGGUAUGGCUGAAUGAGACCAGCGCCGACCUGCUGGUCAGCCCCUACCUGGAGGAGUUAGGCCCCGAGCCCACGGGGGAGAAGCUGGCCGAGACCGUGAGCAACUACAUCAAGGCUGCAGGGGCCGCCUGGCCGGCUUGGAGCGGCGGGUCGUGGCACCUGGCAGACCUACUGGCCGAGCGCCUCCUGCCGCUCUACCACCUGCUGCUCUUCACCCUGCCCGGGACCCCCUUGUUGCGCUACGGCGACGAGAUCGGCCUGCGGCACUUUGCCAACAAGGUGGACCCCCCUCAAAUGCCAUGGGAUGACAGGGCCCCAGGCCCCGCCCCCAGUUCUGCCCCCACUCUCGCCCCCAGCCUCAACAGCACCGUCCAGGAGCAGAUGCUGCAGCUGCUGCGGGAGCUGAGCGAGCUGCGGGGCAAGGAGCGCUCGCUGCUGCACGGGGAUCUGGAUUCAGUGCUCCUCACGUCGGGGGCCUGGGGCUACCUGCGCCGCUGGGACCAGAGCGCCCGCUUCCUCGUGUUGCUGAACCCGGGGGAGGCGCGUGCCUCCGCCACCCCCCGCGACCCGCUGCAGCUGCAGCUGCUCACGGCUGGCACCGUGGAGCUCAGCACCUGUCCCCAGCGCCCGCGCGGUGACCAGCUCAGCCUGUCAGAGCUCAUGCUUGCUCCUGGCGAGGGGCUGCUGCUGCGCAUCCCCUACCAGGCCUAGUAGGGACCCCCCUUCCCUUGGCCUGGGGGGCCACAGAGCUCAUUUUCUGCCUUCCACAGAGCCCAGCUCCUUCUCCUGGUCUGGGGAACCCAUAGUUUCCCCCCCAGUUCCAGCUGAGGGACCCACAGCUGGCCCCUACCAACCUGGAAGACUCACGGAUACCGCAAGAGACCCACAGAGCUCCUAUCCCACCCCCUGGCCCCAGGGUCUGGGGAUCCCCCAUCCAUGGUGCAUGUACUGGGGUGGUGUGCGGCUGCCCCCCACCCCUGGGGGGACAGUGGUAUGGACAUGGUUAAUAAAACACUCCCUGCUUCUGCUCUGC